CUCUCCACCUUCUCUCCUCCUUCCCCGAAUUGCCGCCCUUCCAAACACCGACUCGACUCAUCUCAUCAUCCCCAUAUAAACCCCUCCAAUCCCAACAUCUCUCUCAUCAUCAAUACAAUUCAUUCCUAAUAUCUAAUUUCUAUUUUCUUUCCUCACAGCACACAGAUUAUUAUUUAUUAUUAUUAUUCGCCAUGUCUCUCAUUCUCAGUUAUCCGAACCAAUUUCCCAUCGAAAACGUAUCGAUAAAGAGUUUAAUUCCACUAUUUUGCGUUGUGUUUUGUAUGUUUCAGUUCUUCUUGUUGAAAGUACUUCUCAGCCAGCUCAGAAGAUUUUAUAAAAUUUUAUCAACAUCUGGGUCUUUCAUCAAAUCCAAAUUCGCUGAUUUAAAACCUCAUCAGGCGGUGAAGAAUAAGAUUCAGGAUUUUGAGUUGUCGAACUCCAACCACCUGGCUUGCUCUGAUACUGAGAAGAUUGAAGAUGAGCAUCUGUGCAGAGAAGAUGUUGAGAUGGUGAUGGCGAGGUUGGGGAUUUUAUGCAACCCUGAAGAUGAGAAGCUUGUGGAGAAGUUGGGCUCCGAUGACCUAUCGAACUUGUUUGAAGAGAAGGAGCCGAGUUUGGAGGAAUUGAAGGGAGCUUUUGACGUGUUUGAUGAGAACGGAGAUGGAUUCAUUGAUUCGAAGGAGUUGCAGAGAGUUGUGUGUGUUUUGGGAUUCAAGGAGGGAUCGGAGAUUGGGAAUUGCAGGAGGAUGAUCAGUGCCUUUGAUGAUAACGGAGACGAUAGGAUAGAUUUCGGUGAAUUUGUAAAAUUUAUGGAAAACACCUUCUCUUGAACUAUUCUUUUUCACACAUAAAUAAAUAUUUUUUUUAUUAAUUUUUGUAUCAUUAAAUACAAAAGGGGGGAGAUCUAUACAUUAAUAAAAUGUACUAACAAGAUCCUACCCUUGUAAUUAAUGAUAACAAAAUUAAAUAAAACAAAUUCGUUAUGUAUGACAUUUUCAUGAUUCUUUCUGAAAAAAUUGAAAUCUAUAGUAAAAUGCACCAAAUUAUUGAUUA